AAACAAGGGACUCAGCCAGGUCUCUCGCUCAACUUUUUUUAUAAAGGUAAACCCAGCCAGCUCUUCUGGGACGUGGCUUUUGGAGCAGCGAAGGGGCCGCUCAGGACGCUUCUCACUCUCAGCCUGAAAGCAGACAUGGCACAAACAGGAUUUCUGAUUUUCCUUCUAGUUGCUGCCCUCCUUUUGCUGGAUCAUGCAAGCGGACAAUCUUCCAAAGCCCGGAAGCACAGCAAGCGGAGGGUGAAAGAGAAAGAUGGUGACCUAAAGAGUCAAAUUGACAAGCUUUGGCAAGAGGUCAACUCCCUGAAAGAAAUGCAAGCACUUCAGACAGUCUGCCUUCGCGGGACAAAAGUCCACAAGAAAUGCUACUUGGCAUCCGACAGCGCCAAACAUUUUCAUGAAGCAAAUGAAGACUGUAUAGCCAAGGGAGGUACUCUUGCUAUCCCCAGAGAUGGUGAUGAAACCAAUGCGCUCCGAGACUACGGCAAAAAGAGCCUGCCGGGUGUGGCAGAUUUUUGGCUGGGUGUUACUGACAUGGUCAAUGAGGGGAAGUUUGUUGAUGUCAAUGGGAUGGUUUUGGCCUACUUCAACUGGGACCGCUCGCAACCCAGUGGAGGGAAACGGAAAAAUUGUGUCUCGCUUUCUCAGUCGGCUCAAGGAAAGUGGGCAGAUGAAGUUUGCCGUGCCCUCAAGCGAUAUAUUUGUGAAUUCCUCAUCCCUUAAUUGUAUUUGCAGCCAGGGCUGCCUCCAAUGUUGCUUUGAAAAGAUGCAGAUGUUAAGCUUGCAAUCAUCCAUCUUCACAGUAAACCAGUUUAAAUACUGUUGAUAGGCAAUGACAGAAUUUACCCAUGCUCUCAUAAGCUUCCCAGAUAACCAAUGCUCUCAUAAGCUUCCCAGAUAACCAAUGGCAAGGAAUAUUAGGGGAAUCAAUCACAAGGGAUUGUCAAAGGCUCUCAUGGCUGAAAUCAACUGAGUGUUGUGGGUUUUCUGGGUUGUGCAGCCGUGGUCUAGAAGUUUUUGCUCCUAACAUUACAUUCACAUCUAUG